UUUCUGUUAAAAUAGUAAGUUGGGGCCGGUGAAGUGGCUGGAAGUUGUCCCGAGCCUGCAGCAGCACCUGCAGGUGGGAGCAGCAGCAGCCGAAGUUCGUCCCUGAUUUAUUCCUCAAACUUUAAUGUUUCACAACAAGAAGGAGAAAAAGAAAAGUGCGAGCCGGAUGCAUCUUCUUCUCUUUGUUUUUUCUUUUUUUUUUUAAUUUCUCUGCGCGAGAGGCUGGAUCCGCGCGCUCUCGGUCCGUAUUAACAAUUAAUGUUGGACAUCCGGUGGCAGUGCCAGCUGCGCCCCAUUUUAUUGUUGUCUGUGCGCAGAGAGGAUCCGCUCGCCUCGGCUGGAGACUCCGGAGCGGCGGCGCUGGAUGCGGCGGCGGCUGCUUCUCGGCUGAGAGAACGAGCUCUGCGGGACCGCGACAUGUGAAGAGCUCGACCUCUUGACCCCGUCAGCGCGCCGCCGAAGCAGAACCGAGCGAACCUCACCCUGUGACCACGACCGGAAACCUCCUGCCCCGGGCAUGCCUCAGCCGUGUAUGAAUGGGAUGGAGCCUGCGUUUGGCGAGGCCUACGGGGGCCACAGGGGUCUGCUGAGCCCCUACCCUCUGGCCAUGUCGCCACAGGGGGGCCGGACCGAGUACGACCAGAGCGUGCUCCUGAUGCUGGGCUCCCCGGCAUCGCCACGGAAACGGCCCUUCGAGUUGCUAAGCGACCUGGUGGACGACGGCGGCCUGGGCGAGGACCUGCACCCGGAGCGCUGGGACGUGUCGGCGCUGGACGAGAUGGCCCGCUACACCAAGCUGGGCCUGGGCGUGGGCGUGGCCGGCGAGCUGCUGGCCGGCGCCGAGGAGGUCGUCCUGAUGGGCCGCUGGGGGCGGAGCCGGGAGGAGGAGGAGGAGGCGGAGAGGCGGGGGAGGAGCAGGCACGCCGCCGCCCCGCUCGUCGCCCAGGGAGUCCGGGGCGCCGCCGCAGGGGAGGAGGAGGAGGAGGAGGGGCGCCUCGCCGUUGCCACGACGACCGGGAGGGAGCUGUGUGUUGCGGGAAAAGCGGCGGGAGGAGGCCAGGGACAGGAUGGAGGGAUGGCGGGGGGGCACACGGUGGAGGUGUAUCAGGUGGCGCAGGAGGAGGAGGAGGAAGUGGCGGCAGCAGCGGCGGCGGCGGGCCUGGCUCUGGAGCACUGCAGCGAGGAGCACAACUACUCCUUGAGUCAAGGAGGCGAGCCGGGGGCCGCGCCCGCUCUCAACCCCGCCCCGGAGCCGCCGGGGGCGCCGGGGGGGCAGGACGGCCAGGGCGAGACCCAGCUGGAGCUGGACGAAGAGGACGGCGAGCAGGAGGAGGAGGACGAGGAAGAGGAGGAGGAGGAGGAAGAGGAGGCGGCGGAGGAGACGGCGGCAGAAGCUGAACUUUCCAGCUCCUCAGAAACUGAAUGCGAGGUGGAGGCGGAGCCGGCCAGGCAGCCCGGCGAGCGUCCGUCCAAGCGGCGCUGCUUCUGGGAGUACCGGCGGUCCCGGGAGUCGGCCGCGAAGAAGAAGCUGGGCGGCGACGUGCACUGGUCCCUGUCGUGGAGCUCCAGCACCCUGCCCAGCACGCUGUACCGCCGAGAGGGGAAAAAAGGGCGCCGCAAAGCUCGCAAAACCGACGCCAGCGACCUGACGCCCAACCCUCAGAAGCUCCACAACAUCGGGGAGCAGCUGCAGAAGCUCAACGCCGCCAUCGACGGCAUGGGUCCCGUCAACGAGCUGCCCGCCGUGGCGCGAGCCCGAUCCCGCAAGGAGAAGAACAAGCUGGCGUCCAGGGCCUGCCGGCUGAAGAAGAAGGCCCAGCACGAGGCCAACAAGAUCAAGCUGUGGGGGCUGAACCAGGAGUACGAGAACCUGCUGGGCGCUCUGCUGCGGAUUAAGGAGGUGAUCAGGCGGCGGGUGGAGAGCAGCGAGGAGGAGGACACGGACGAGCGGGGGAUGACCCAGCGCCUGGAAGACAUCCUCCGGGAGUCCAGCGGUCCUCUGGUCGCCGGGCGGACCAAAGACUUUGUGCAGAGGAUUCUGGCAGCGAGCGCUGGCAGCCAGAGCCAGCGGCGAGACCCCCCACCGGGAGGAGACCAGGCGGCGGGGUAACGCCGAGCCGAGCCGAGCCGACCCACCCGCUCCCGACGCCCCACUAUUGUAUGUUUGGAAUAAGAGGCGGAGAAGCUGGGAGAGAAGAGGAGGACGGAGGAACCUGAACAGAAGGGUAUUGAACUGCCCCUCCCCCCCUUGCUUCCUCUCCGGUCUUCUCCGAACAGCGGCCGCCUCCACCAGGCCGCCACCGCUGCUGCUGCUGCUGCUGCUGCUGCUGCUGUGUAGUCUGUGUUUUCCGUGUGUGUGUGUGUGUGUGUGCGAGUGUGUGUGAGUGUAACAUAGGGUAUGAGCGUGCAUAGUGUCCCUCUCUCCCUCCGUGUGCUGUACUCGUAUCCCAUCGUGCCUAUGAAUAGACAUUGCACUGUUUUGUAGACGGUAGUUGUCGGCAGGGGGGCCGGUAGUGAGCCGAGGGCGAGGGGGCAUCUGAGGAUAGAGGAAGUCCUAAAAUAAGGAAGUGGGAGGAGCCCGGGCCUGGAAAACAAAGAAGGGGGCGUGUCUCCUCUGACUUUCCGUCUUUGUGGAUCCUGGCCGGGCUCCGGCAGAAGCCCUGCAGAGCGUUUCCAGUCCCGACCCCAGACCGGCUGUUUAUAGAAGCCUGCCUGUGAUGGAAAAAGUCCUCGGAGCUUUAAUCAACCCUUAUUACCCCCCCACCCCCCCACCCCCCCACCCCCCCACUGAAAAAGAUAAAAAGAAGCCGCACCUUAAUCCAAACUGACCAAAGAUAUCCACUGGGACACCAAAACCUCUCACUGCUUCACAUACUGCCAGCGCCCCCCCCCCCCCCCCCCCCCCCCCCACAACACAAGAAGUGACUGAUGGUCAUGUUUACCCGCACCUUUCCUUUCAAGAUGAUCCUUCUAGAUGCACUACCGUCGCGGAUCUGAGGGACGUGGACGUCCCGGCUCCUCCGGCCGGUCUGCAGCGGCUCGGCUCUGACCCACACAGACGAUAAAAGACACCAGAAAAGGGAAGCGUCCUCAGUGCCUUCCCCGAGCCCUCUCCUCAACCCCUGACCCGAUCAUGUAGCGCAAACUUCCUGAACUGCAACGACAAGUAGAGAAGCAGAAGAAGAAGGAAAAAAAAAAAACAAAAAAACAAAAACACUUGUAGAUGUUAGAGAGCAGAUGAGUGGAGGGGUCCGUGUCCACGCUGCGCCUCGCUCCCGCCGCUGGCGCCCAGUCUCAGUACAUCCAACCUGACCGUCACCUUGGUAACGGGAAGAAGGAGGAGCCACUGGCCCUCAUCAGGUCAGGUGGAAAUCGUGAAACAGAGACGGAGAAGAGGCUGAAUGUCGCUGAGUGUUUUUAGAAAUCACUCCAGUCCGCUUAAACCAAUGGCUUAUGUUUUUUUUUUUUUAAGAAACAGAACCAAAUAUGGAAUGUUUGUACUUUGAAAUGACUCGAAAGCGUUUUUUAACCAAAUGAAAUAAAUUAAGUCUCACUGUGAUCCUCACCUUGGAGUUUACCGUAUUUUCUCCACUAUCAGUCACACCGAAUGAGUCACGAAGAGAAAAUACGAAAAAUCUUCCUGUUUUCUGCUGCACAUUUCAAUAUAUCAGAGUUUUUUUUUUCUUUUUGCCGACAUUUUGCUCAUCUCUCAGAGAAGUACGGUAAUCGUGGAGGUUUUUCUGUGAUACUGUAGCAGCAAUUUUGUCGUCAUAUGGAGACACCCAGUGGUCCCAGGUGGUAUUUACCACUGCAUGUUUAGAUCACAUGACCAAUCAAACAACAACAAAGUGUGUGACUCAUAAUCUGGAAAAUACAGUAUUCCUCCAGUGGUGGUCAGCAGUACCAGAGCUGGCCUAGACCAAAAAAACAACAUAGGCCAUUGGUUUAGGACGCCGUCGAUGUGAUUAUGUGAAGAUGUUAGAAAGUUUCCAGCUGAUGUUGUGAUAUGAUUCUUAGUGCGGAAUCAUAGAAACAAGCCAGCACUUCCUGACGUGCUAGCAAUGAGUGGAGCGCUGUCCUCUGAGCUCUUCACCUUCACCCCUUCUGUCUGUUCAGCCAGAAAAUGCUAAAUAUAUAUAUAAAAAAAAAACAAAAAAACACUGCCUUUUUCAAAAAGCCACAGUGAAAACACAACAUGGCAGCUUUGACAGUGCG